AUGUCUCUUCCGUGUAAUGUGAAUCGGUGCAGCACUCAAGUAACAACAAAGUCUUCAACAGUGUCUGUUCCAAAAACCUCAACUAUCUCAUCCACAAUCACUACAACCUUCCAUAGGACCACUCCUACCUCAUCCUCUCGGACGCUUCCCUCAUCUACGACAACGUCUUCCUCAUCUUCGACAACGCCUAUGUCGUCUACGACAACGCCUAACUCACCUUCAACAACUUCUUCCCCUUCUUCGACAACGCCUACAUCGUCUACGACAACAACUACCUCGGAUACAACAACGCUUACCUCGUCUACGACCACGCCUACCUCGUCUACGACAACGCCUACCUUGCUUACAACAACGCCUACCUCGCCUAUGACAACGCCUACCUCGACCAUGAGUACUCCUAGUAAUAAUUUGUUUAUAUUUAGUCCUUCUUGCUACCUAUGCAAUGGGGUGCCACCAUUUUUAUGUGAACGGCUAGCAACACCAUUGAAAUGCGACACUGCUGACCAACAGUUUUGUAUUAAUAAAUUGGUAAACAAUAGAGAUGGCUCCAGAACAUUGGACAGAAGAUGUGCUACAGAACAGGAAUGCCGACAGGAAUGGUGGGAGAGGACGUCUGACAGACAGCAAUGUACUGGAUAUGAUCCCAACUCUUUCACAACGACUUAUUUCGAGUGUUCGUUCUGUUGUACCACCCCACAAUGUAACAAAAAUAUUGUUCCGGAUGAUUUAUAUAUGACCACGGCAGAAACAGGUUGCUGUAACUUUGCAAGAAUGCGACUGUCAAACAAGCCGUAUGUGGCUGUGUAUUGUCAGAUUGAAAUACAGCUGCAGGAUGCCGCAAUAUUGGAAAGGCAUGUGCAGGUAUGCUUCACGUCAGAGAGCUUUAACAACGGUGGUUUUCUGGUUUACAGCUCAGGCUGCGUAUCUAAGCAGACCUGUGACACUCUUAGUGGUCUUGAUGGGAUAGUAAAGCAUAGUACACAUGCACCAGUGAUGACUGGUAACAUCAUAGGCAAACGAAAAUUAAAUACCUGUUUUCGUUGUUGUGCUAACGAAGGGGACAUGUAUCGCCCUUGCAAUAUGAAUCAGUGUAGCAUGCAAGUGAUUACAGUAUCUACGACAAGGUCUUUUACAAAGAUCCCGUCUAUAUCGUCGACGACCAUGGUCGCGUCGACAACAACCACACCAACCUCGACGACAACCCCUACUACUUUACUCAAAACUACGCCCACUUCAGGCACGACAAUGCCCACCUCGACCACGGCAACGCCAACCUCGACCACAACAAUGCCCACUACUACUUGUUACCUUUGCAAUGGAAUGCCAGUUUACAUAUGUGAACAGUUUACUACACCAUUACAAUGUGACACCGUUGACCAACAGUUUUGUUUAAAUAUAUUGGUAAACAAUAGAGAUGGCUCUAGAACACUGGAUAGAAGAUGUGUCACUGAGCAGGAAUGCCGACAGGAAUGGUGGGAGAAAACUUCCGACAGAUCGGAAUGCUCUGGAUAUGAUCCAAGCAGUUACACUGCAAAGAAUUUCACGUGCUCAUAUUGUUGUUCCAGUCCUCAGUGUAACAAAAAUAUUGUUCCAGAUGACUUGUAUGUUCCAUCUAAAAUGUUAUAUAACUCUUUCUAA